CGCUUGUCAGUCGCCCGGUUCGGUUACGGUAACGGUAACGGUUGCGGAUACCCAGAAGGUUGCGUUUGAAAUCCAGUUUACGUCGCAUUUUUCGAGUGGGAACAAACCUACAAAAUAAAGCUUAAUGCAAAGUUAGACGCGGGAAGUUGAGUAAUUAAAAUCCGAUAAAAUGUCUGGUAAUGAUGUUUCGGUUACUGAAACAGCACAAAGCGAUCAGUAUCAUCUGCCAGCCACUGCCAAUGCAGCUGCACAUCAUCAAUAUUAUCGCUUCCACAAGCAACAGCAGCAACAGCAGCAACAUCAGCAGCAACAGCAGCAACAUCAGCAACACCAGCAGCAACAACAAAGCUGCCUGCGACAGCAGCAAAGACAAUUGCAGUGGGAACAGCAGCAACAUCAGCAGCAGCAACACCAACAGCUGCAACAUCAACUGACCAACAGCUCAAGCGAAUUUGAUGAGUUCCAUUGGCCCAGCAAGCAGACGGGUGGCGACAAUAUGGGUGGCAAAAUCUAUAUAACGCCCGCAGACAUACCGCCGCCACCUCAGCCGCCCCAUCAAAGUGGCAGCAACAGUCACAGCCACCACAAUGGCAACAAAAGCAGGCAGCAACACCAACAGCAGCAGCAGCAACAUCCGCACUCCCUACACUCCCACAUCCACCCACAUCCGCAUCCACACCACCAGCAUGGUCAUCGCACACCGCCGCACCGCUGCAAAUGCGAACAUCCUUCCAUCGAACUGAUGGGCUACGAGGAUUCAGUCAUCGCCACCGCCACCGCCAGCAACACCGCCGCCAAUGUGGGCGUGGCACUGGGAGGGAGCGGCGGCGUGGGCGUGGGCGGGGGCGUGGGGCGGCACCAGCAUCCGCCCUACUACUACAAGGCGGCAGUGGGGCGGCGGACGAGCGCCAAGCUGCACGAGUCCAUGCUGGGCGGCGGGAGCAGUCUGGAGGACGACGACGGGACCAGUGCCGGCAGCUUCGGGGAGGGCAUGUCGCGGUUCAAGAACCUGAUGCAUACCAAGGAGAAGAAACGUCGGGUGCGGAUAAUCCUAAGCAUUGUGACUGCGGUAAUAGCGGUAGCUUUGUUGGCCACAGCCUUGGUGUUCAUCCUUCGUACAGAUGAAAGGGACAAUUCCGACGACUCAGGUUCAAACUCCAAUAAUGCCAUUGAUCUGGAAGAUGUGCUGAGCGGUCAACUAUAUGCUAAGCGCUUUAACGGCAGCUGGAGCAAUGGAGACAGUGUGAUUUACAAGGAGAAUACGUCUAUUAUAGAGUACGAUGCCAAGACGGGAGUAACUACCGUCCUGCUAGAAAAUGCCCUUCACUAUGUCCUGUAUGAGAAGUCUGCCGAUGGGCAGUUUCUUCUGCUGGCGAAGAACUACAGGAAAAACUUCCGGUACAGCUUCCUUGCCCAGUACGAUCUGUACAACCUGAAUACGAAAACGUUGACUGCUCUGACUAUUGAAGAUGUGCAGCAGUACUUGAGUAUGGUCCAAUGGUCGCCGGUGGGAAAUGCCCUGGUGAUCAACUUUAAUCGGAAUCUUUACUAUAAGACGGGUGCUUUGGAGCAGGAGAUCGCUCUCACCAGUGACGAUAACGAAAAAGUACUUAAUGGCAUUCCCGAUUGGGUGUACGAGGAGGAGGUGUUCAGCUCCAAUGUGGCCACCUGGUUCAAUCCCUCGGGCAAGCAACUGGCCUUCAUCAAGUUUGACGACUCGUCCACGCAUCUGAUCAAUUUCCCCUACUACGGUGAUGCUGGAGAUCUGCGCUAUCAGUAUCCGCUGCACCAGGUGAUUCCCUACCCCAAAGCCGGAUCCUCCAAUCCGCGGGUGGAACUAGUGAUGGUUGAUCUGGAAAGUGCUGUGGAAGGUAAACAUUUCUUGACCACGAUGCCUGUGCCACCGGCUCUCAAUACGGAAACGGACUAUAUCGUCACCGUGGUCAGUUGGGUGGACGACACCAACGUACUGUCCAUCUGGAUGAACCGCAUCCAGAAUGCCGCCUAUGUCGUUACCUUCGACGGACUUAACAGAAAAGUGAUAUAUAGCACCGAAUCGAAGACCGGUUGGGUGGACCUCUAUACCGCUCCGUUCCGUAAUCGCAAUGGUUCUCGUCUGGCCUUCGUUCUGCCGUACAACAACUACAAGCACGUCCAGCUCAUCAGUUCCACGGUGGCCAGCGCCGAGCCCCAAACUCCUGAGCCCCUGACCGAAGGCAAGUACGUGGUGGACAGCAUCCUUCACUGGGACGGAACCAACGACAUCAUCUUCUACACGGCCAACACGGAGGAUCAUCCGGAGCAGCUGCAUCUGUACGCCAUUCGGGCGCUGCCCAAGCAGAGUCCCAAGUGCCUCACUUGUAAUUUGAUCAAGUCAGGGGAUAUCCAGCAGACCUACUUCUCGGCCACAUUCAACGACAAUAGCCACAUUGUGAUAACCUCUCAGGGACCUGGCAUUCCCACUACCCAUAUCUACGAGUGGAAAUUCGAAAACUCUCAAGUUGUCAUCUCGCAUGUCCUCGACUGGGAAACCAAUGAAAGCCUGCGUGCCAAACUGAAGGGCACAAAACUGCCUUCCCAUAAGAUCCUUACGGUGAACAUUGAUGGUGGCUUCCAGGCGAAGGUACUGCUCCAGCUGCCUCCCAAUUUGGACACCAGUGGUGCAACCAAGUAUCCCAUGCUUGUGGAUGUCUACGGAGGACCAGAUUCCUAUUCUGUUACCAACAAAUGGAUGGUGGACUGGGGAACAUAUUUGACCUCAAAUCAGUCUGUGAUCUAUGCUAAGAUCGAUGGUCGUGGCUCUGGACUCCGAGGCGAGAGUCUCCUUCAUUCCAUCUACCUAAAGCUGGGUACUGUGGAGAUCAGCGAUCAGAUCAACGUUACUCAAAACCUUGCCAAAACCCUCAACUACAUUGAUGCGGAGCACAUUGGCAUUUGGGGCUGGUCAUAUGGUGGUUAUGCAGCUGCAAUGGCUCUGGCCAAUGACCAGAAUGAAGUGUUCAAGUGUGCAGCCUCGAUAGCUCCAGUCACGGAUUGGGCAUACUACGACUCCAUCUACACAGAGCGCUAUAUGGGUCUUCCAAAUACAAAUGAAGUGGGCUAUGAUAACUCCCGACUGAGCACAAUGGCAGUUAAGCUAAGGGGCAAGAAAUACUUAUUGGUCCAUGGAACCUCGGAUGAUAAUGUGCACUACCAGCAGGCCAUGAUCUUGGCCAAAAAUCUGGAACGCCAAGACAUCCUCUUCAAGCAGAUCAGCUACGCUGAUGAGGAUCACGGUCUGACCAAUGUGCGUCCGCAUUUGUACCAUUCGUUGGAUCGCUUCUUUGGCGAAUGCUUUGCCAGCAGUCGCCUCAUGAAAAGUGCCAAAUAAAUACGGCAAUAACUGAAACACAAACAUUGCUAAAAACACAGACAUUAUAGACAUAAUAGUUGUAAUUGCCUGAUUAUAUCAAGUAAUGAUUAGCUGUGUUUUGAGACAAUUUUUCAGCUGCUACUAGAUAAAGAGUAAAACAAAAAUUGGUACUUAAAAAGUAAAUAAUUGCAAAUUUAAAAAAAAACCUUUAAACAAACUAGUUAAUCAGACAAUUCAAAUUGACAUAAAGUUAAAAAUGCUUAAACAAAAAGAUUAAAAAAAACUAUAAGCCAACAUAAUGCAGGUCCAAAACUGUUAUAAGAUAACUUGGAACAAUAAUCUUUUCAAAUUGCAUUUUAAGACAUUUUAAACUUAAUGAGAAAAAGGUAAAAUUAAACAACAAAUUAUUUAAAAUAGCUGCAAUUGAGGGAAAAGCAUUGUUUAGCUAGUGCCUGAUUAUAUUGCUAAUAUAAAACUUAUUGUAGAUAUUGCAAUUCAAUUACAAAUUGUGUAUUCCAACACUUGCAAGCGCUCCAAUUUAAGCUUACUAAACCUAGAUCGGGCAUUUUAAUUGGUAACAAGCAUCCUGUAAAUUAAAUACAAAGAAAAACUUAUGGUAGUGUGUAAUUUUUUGUAGCUUUUUAGUUUGCUACUUGUAAAAAAGUAAACAAAAAAUUGUAAAUAUUAAAAAAAA